AGAGAGUUUAUGGGUUUCGUAUCCGGCGAACUAGACGUUUUAGAAUAAUUCAAUACACACCCUGUUUGUAAAAAACACUGUAUAAAAUGGCAAAUAUUGAUGAAGGUUUCUACUCUCGACAACUGUAUGUCUUGGGACACGAGGCCAUGCGCCGCAUGGGCACUGCCAGUGUGCUCAUUGCGGGGAUGCGGGGUCUCGGAGUGGAGAUCGCCAAAAAUGUGAUUCUGUCCGGAGUCAAAUCUGUCACUAUCCAGGAUGAAGGAGUGACACAGUGGACUGACCUCUCUUCUCAAUUUUUCUUGAAUGAGUCCAGCAUUGGUCAGAACAGAGCCCUAUGUUCCCUGCAGCAGCUGAGGGCUCUGAACCCUCAUGUCCAAGUGAAGGAACACACCGGACCCCUGGGCCAAGAACUACUCCUGCAAUUUCAGGUGGUAGUCCUCACUGACUCCUCUUUGGAUGACCAGAAGAGAUUUGGAGACUUCUGUCAUUUAAAUGGGAUUCAUUUCAUUGUUGCAGACACCAAAGGACUCUGUGGUCAGUUGUUUUGUGAUUUUGGUGAGGCUUUUGAAGUGUUGGACCAGGACGGAGAGAUGCCUGAAUCUGUACUGAUCCAAAAAGUCUCACAGGGGAAUCCUGGAGUGGUGAUCUGCAGCGAUGAUCAGAGACAUGGGUUUACAGAUGGCUCUAAAGUUAUUUUCUCUGAAGUCCAGGGGAUGACUGAGCUCAACAGCCUUGGUCCUGUGCAAAUCAAAGAGAGAGGGUCUUGUUCCUUCAGUAUUUGUGACACUUCCUCCUUCUCGGAGUAUGAGCGUGGUGGGAUUGUGACAGAAGUGAAACAGCCCUGCACUAUUUAUUUUAAAUCGCUGAGCCAGACCCUGACGCUGGACUUAGAGCUACUGAUAACAAACGACUUUGGGAAAAUAGACAGGCAUAAGACGCUGCAUCUGGCCUUUCAAGCGCUGCACGGCUUUGUGGGAAAAGAAAAAAGACUGCCACGUCCCCAUUGUCAGUCAGAUGCAGACAUGAUUCUUGAUGCUGUGAGAAAAUUGAAUGAAGAUGUGAAACUAGAAAAACUGGAUGAAGUCGCAGUGAAGAAGUUUUCGUUCACUGCUCAGGGCAACUUGGCUCCACUCUGCGCUUUCAUCGGAGGACUGGCUGCUCAGGAAGUCAUAAAGGCUUGCAGUAGGAAGUUUACUCCUCUAAAACAGUGGUUUUAUUUUGAUGCACUGGAGAGUCUUCCUGAAGAUGACAACCAAGUAGAAGAAAGCUUGUUUUCAUUAAAAGGCACAAGAUAUGACGGACAAAUUGCAGUAUUUGGCUCAGAUUUCCAAGAGAAGUUGGAAAGGCAGAAGUACUUUCUGGUUGGAGCUGGGGCUAUUGGAUGUGAACUCCUGAAAAACUUUGCUCUGAUUGGACUGGGAGCAGGAGAGGGCCACAUCACUGUAACAGACAUGGAUCACAUUGAGAAGUCAAACUUGAAUCGACAGUUCCUGUUUAGAUCACAAGAUAUAGGAAAACCCAAAUCAGAGGUUGCAGCCCGGGCAGUGAAAGCCAUGAACCCACAGAUGAACAUCACAGCUCACCAGAACCGUUUGGCCACAGAGAGUGAGCAAGUUUAUGAUUACCACUUCUUCUCUGGACUGGAUGGGGCUGCUGCAGCUUUGGACAACGUGGAAGCCAGGGCCUACCUGGAUUCAUGUUGUGUGGUGCAUAAUAAGCCCAUGCUGGAGGGGGGCACUUUGGGAAGUAAAGGCCACACUUUGGUGGUGGUACCUCGUCUCACGGAGUCUUAUGGUCCUGCCAAGUCGAGCUCCAAGAACGAAAUCCCACUGUGCACCCUCAAAAACUUCCCUCAUCGCAUUGAGCACACACUACAGUGGGCCAGAGACCAGUUUGAGGGACUGUUUAAGCAGAGUCCUGAAAAUGUCAUGAUGUAUUUGAGAGAUGAGGACUUUAUAACUCGGACUCUUGGCCGUGGGGAGGUGGAGGCACUGCAGGUCUUCACAGAGGUGUGGAGCAGCCUGAUGGAGCUGUCUUCUGGAGGCAGACGUCCUGUACACUGGGAGGACUGUGUGCAGUGGGCCCGAGUCCAGUGGGAAACUCUGUUCAACAACGACAUCCGACAACUCCUGUACUGUUUCCCCCCUCAUGAGGUGACCAGUCAUGGCCUUCCCUUCUGGUCUGGAACCAAGAGAUGCCCUCAUCCACUCACCUUUGACCCCACCAAUGUGACACAUAUGGAUUAUAUAGUGGCUGCUGCUAACCUUUAUGGACAAACCUAUGGCAUCAGUGGUACAAGAGACCGAGCUUUAAUUAGUGAGAUCCUGGAGAGAGUGACUGUCCCUGAGUUCACACCUCAAAGUCUGAAGAUCCCAGUGACCGAUGAAGAGAUGGAGGAGAGAGAAAGUGACGAGGCUGAUAAAGAAAAACUAGAAGAGCUGAAACAGAAGCUGUCCUGUCCAUCCCUGAAAAGCUCCAUGAUAGAGAUGUUUCCUAUGGACUUUGAGAAGGACGAUGACAGUAACUUCCACAUGGACUACAUCACAGCUGCAUCUAACCUGCGAGCUGAAAACUACAACAUCCCUGCAGUGGACCGACUCGAGAGUAAGCGUAUUGCGGGCAGGAUCAUCCCGGCCAUCGCCACGACAACAGCUGCAGUGUCAGGCCUCAUGUGCCUGGAGCUGUACAAACUAGUGCAGGGACAUCAGAACAUCAGAUCCUACAGAACCGCAUUUGUCAACUUGGCUGUCAUGUACUUUGUCCUGUCCCUGCCGAGCCGAGCCAAGCCAUUCACAGUCGCAGGAAAGAGCUUCACUCUAUGGGACAACUUCCUGGUUGAGGGCCGGUGCAGCGGUGGACAGGAAAUGACCUUGGAACGACUCAUCCAGUUUGUCAAGGAAAAGUGUGAUCUGGAGGUGUGCAGUCUCUUCUAUGGAAGCUCUAUUAUUUACAAUGGCCAGAAGGACAGACUCCAGAAAACUGUGUCAGAGCUGAUAAAGAUGGUGACCAAAGCAGAGAUCCCUCCUUAUAAGAAGAUGCUGGAGCUGUUCCCAUCCUUCACUGAGGAUGAAAACUGUGAGGUGGUGCCCUGUAUACAAUACCUGCUGCUGUGAAAGAGCCACACAAACAAGUGUAGCAAAAUACAUGGGGCUGAAGCCAGUGUACAUAAUGCAAUGUCUUGCCGCCACUGGUAAUGUUUACACAGACUGUUUCAACUUUUUAAUAAUUAUAAUCUUAAAAAUCAUGUGGACUUCUUGUUUGAUUGUUAAAAUGUUGUGCUUAAUGCCAUAUCAAGGACUGUGAAAGUUAGUGUUUUUACAUUUGAUUUUGAAUUGUUUAUUUAUGUCCUUAAAAGCCAAUGAAACUCAAAGAUCUGCUACUAUAUGGGUUAAUGCUAUUUUAAAGGGGAAAAAACACUUCUUAUCACAAUUAUAUCUUAACUUAAUUGAUCUAUUAAAAUUGAUUGGGUCUUUUAAUGCUUAAAGAGAUGUGUCUAAAAUGACAUACGGUAUCUGGUUCUGUGUUCUUAAGUCUACAGAGAAAUCUGCUUUUUUUUUAAAAAUAGAAUAGAAGAGAUAGAUAGAUAGAUAGAUAGAUAGAUAGAUAGAUAGAUAGAUAGAUAGAUAGAUAGAUAGAUAGAUAGAUAGAUAGAUAGAUAGAUAGAUAGAUAGAUAGAUAGAUAGAUAGAUAGAUAGAUAGAUAGACAGACAGAAAACAAGAGCACAGUGGUUAUUUCUCAUUGGUGCUUGCUAUAGCUGUCUGAACACAGCUGUUUGAACUUAAUCCUUGUUCACAAAUGCAGCCCCUCCCUUCAUAUAAAUAUAGAGAUAGAGAUAUCAACACCACUUUCACCUGUUUGUACUUCUGUUCUUUUGCUGCCAAUACAAACUGUCUUCCACUCCAGCUGUUGCACUGGACACUUGCACUAGUACAAUUAUGUGUACUAUUUGGGGAUGCCAUUGUUUUGUAUGUGCAAAUGUCUGUAAUUAAAGGGUGUGGUUGUAACAUGCAUAUCAAUCUAUGUCUGUUUUAUUAUAACUAAAUGUGUAAUAAAGUAUAUGUCUGUAUUG